AUGGCCUCGGGCAGCGCAGAGCAGCCUGCCAAGAGGCGUAAAAAGCAGCAGCCGUCCAAUGUGAUCACAAUCGGAGGCAAGGCCUUCUCCCUCGACAGUUACCUGGACCCAACCCCCAAGGCCUCCAAGACACCGCUGCCAGCGACUCCAUCAGACUCGACCGCGCCAUCGCAGGAACCAUCAGUAGCCCCCGACAAUGUCGCAACCGCAGAGACGAAGCGUGGCAAGCCACGUCUGGCCAGGCAAGACAAGAAGGAAAAGCCGCGCGCCAACAGCCACGAGGACCCGCAGCUGCUCAAAACGAGGAAGGACCUCCCCAUCUGGCAGCAUCGCUCCGAGAUCCAGGCCGCGCUUCGAUCGCGCGACAGCCACAUCCUCGUCCUGGUGGGUGAGACAGGCUCCGGAAAGAGUACGCAGGUGCCGCAGUUCCUCUACCAGGAGUCCUGGUGCCAGCGCCGAAAAGUCAAACUGCAGGGUUCCCAGGACGAAGUUGGCGUCGGCGGAACCAUAGCCAUCACGCAGCCCAGGCGGGUCGCGGCGACCACCUUGGCCCAACGAGUAUCUCGCGAAGCUGGAACGCCUCUAGGGAAGGGGAAGCCGGAUGGCCUUGUCGGUUACUCGGUACGGUUCGACCACCAGGUCCCGCGAGGGACAAAGAUCAAGUUCCUCACCGAGGGUACACUACUUCAAGAGCUCCUACGGGAUCCGCAUUUACGGCAAUACAGCGCCGUGAUCGUCGACGAGAUCCACGAAAGGAGCCUGGAUGUUGAUCUGCUCGUUGGAUUCCUGAAGCAGAUCUUGAUGGGAGACUUGAAAGGCCGAGGCGGUAUUCCCCUCAAGGUCAUCAUCAUGAGCGCUACUGCAGAUGUCGAUGGCAUCCGGCAAUUCUUCAGUGACAUUCCGGUCAAGGACGAAAGUUCAGAGCGCGUUCAGGUGCUUCGAAUAAAAGGCCGCCAGUUCCCUGUCGAGGUAGUUCAUGAGCCGCGGCCAGUCCCCGACAUUCAAGACGCCCUCUUGAAACGCAUCUUCAAAAUCCACCUCGAGGAGCCUCUUCCUGGAGACAUCCUUGCAUUUCUCACUGGCCAAGAGGAGAUUGAGUCGGCCCAAAAGCUCAUCGAGGAAUACGCCUCGACUCUCGCCUCGAAUGUUCCCAAAAUCAAGGUCUGCCCUCUCUAUGGACAGCUCACAAUGGAAGGGCAACGCGACGCCUUCCUGCCCGUCAAAGCGUCGUUCACGCGCAAAAUCGUCCUGGCCACAAACAUUGCCGAGACGUCUGUCACGGUUCCUGGCGUUCGGUACGUGGUGGACUGUGGCAAGGCCAAGGUAAAGAAGUACCGUCCGCGCCUCGGGAUGGAGUCGCUCCUCGCCAAGGUCAUAUCGAAGUCGUCGGCGCUACAGCGAACCGGUCGCGCGGGUCGUGAAGGCCCUGGCAAAUGCUUUCGGCUGUACACUGAGAGCACUUUCGAGACCUUCCAGGAUGCGGAUCUUCCCGAGAUAUUGCGCAAUGAUGUCCUCGGCGCCGUGCUGACGAUGAAGGCGCGAGGCAUCCACGAUGUGUUGGCAUUCCCUCUCAUGGACACACCCGGGACUGAAUCUAUUGAAAAGGCUCUGCUUCAUCUGCACUACUUGGGGGCCCUCGCCGACGACGGGGCCAUCACGCCGGCGGGAGAGAAGAUGGCGAGGUUUCCCCUACCGGCACCGUAUGGCGCGGUCUUGCUGGCGGCCGCAAAGCCCGAGUUUGACUGCGUGAUCGAGGCCAUAGACAUUGUAUCCUGCAUCACUGCCGGCGACGACAUCUUCUUGCAACUACAAUCAGAGGAGGCCCAGGAACAGGCGGGGACUCUGCGCAAAGAAAUACAAAGGCGCGAGGGUGACAUCAUUACAUACCUGACAACCAUGCAGCGCUACACGGGAGAGAACGCCGACAGGACCGACUGGUGCAAGCAGAGGAAGAUCAACCUGCGCAACAUAAGACAGGCGCUCAACAUUCGCCGGCAGCUCCGGGGCAUGUGCCUCAAGGAGAAGCUGCUGGCGGAAGCGCCGCCGCCAGACCCGCAACCGUUCACGCCAAUAGACCCCGAGAGGGCGGACAUGAUCCUCAAGUGCUUCAUGAGGGGCUUCGCGAUGAAGACGGCGAUGCUGGCGCCAGACGGCAGCUACGUGACGAUCCAGGGCAAGCAUGUGGUGGCCAUCCACCCGGCAAGCGUCUUGCACGGCCAGAAGAAGGAGGCCAUCAUGUUUCUAGAGCACGUGUUCACGAACAAGAACUACGCCAAGAAGGUCAGCGCGAUCCGGGCCAACUGGAUCGUCGAAGCGAUGGAGUCUAGAUACUAG